GGUAUCAUUCCGCUCUUAAAUGCGGUAUUUUUAAGCUAAGUGGUUGUUUUCGCCUCUGGAUCAGGGAUACAUGGAGAUUUUAAUCAAGUACAAGUGAAUGGUGACAUAUGUACACGAAUCGGUAGGUUUGAAUCGUUUCUUUUUUAAACGUAGAGCGGACUAUCUGACUCGGCGGAAUCGUUCGUGAGGCGUUCUUCGCGCUUUCCUUUUUGAGAAAGUGCUCGGAGUUUUGGAAAUAGAGGAGGAGGGUGAGCCUAACUGAGCCGGGGUUUACGGGUCUUGGGGGCAGCAUCAGUUUGUAAAGUUUGUAUCGGUUAUUUCCUGGAAUCCGCAAUCUGUCAUCUGGCCCGGUUUGUUUACAUUUACUGGCCCGGACGUGUAUGCGCUUUAACAACCCCUCACGGUUCGACGCGCUCCAGCUUCUCUGGCUGGCGUUCAGAGACUCGCUUCUGUGAAUAUAAUGUUACCUAGCCAGGUCGGAUCGGCACCAUCUGGAAACGGGUCGGCAUCGGGCAGGACUGCUACGGCUCACGGGCCGGGGAUUCGUCCCGUUUUGGUCCGAACGGGUCAAGCCUUACCGGGGGUCGGUGAGAGCGGCGGAGCUGCGGGGCGACAGGGAGAGAGAGAGGCUGCCGGGAUGCUGGGGGCAAACGGGCCAGGUGGUUCUAGAGGGGCGAGACCGGGGAACGGGGCCGGGUUGAACCCCCUGCAGACUGCCGUCCAAGGAGGCAUUGUGGGGUUAAACCCCGGGGUGGUGAUGCCCCAUGGAGCCCGCUUCGACCCGGACCGGGAUAGUGCUCCUCUAUGCAGCGGCUCGGAUAAUGAUUCGGACUCUGGAGACGAGGAUGACCCGGUGGGUUCACUCGGGGACAGCAGGAGAGGGGUGAAGAGGGAAAGAGGGGAGAUGGAAGGGGCGGCAGCGGGACAGGAGCUGGGAGUACCCCCAGGAGGGUAUGGCAUGGUGACCGGAGGAGUUGCCGGGGCGAAGCCGGGAAAGAAGACACGUGGGCGGGUAAAAAUAAAGAUGGAAUUUAUCGAUAACAAGUUGAGACGCUAUACCACGUUCAGCAAGAGGAAGACGGGCAUUAUGAAAAAGGCCUAUGAACUCUCGACCUUAACAGGAACCCAGGUUCUGCUGCUGGUGGCCAGUGAAACGGGUCAUGUCUAUACUUUCGCCACCCGGAAACUCCAGCCUAUGAUCACAAGCGAAACGGGCAAAGCCCUGAUCCAGACAUGCCUUAACUCGCCAGACUCUCCGCCGCGCUCCGACCCCUCCAUGGACCAGCGCAUGAGCGCCACGGGCUUCGAGGAGACAGACCUCACCUACCAGGUGUCAGAGUCGGAGAGCAUGGGCGACACGAAGGACACACUGAAGCCAACAUUCACUGUAGCCAAUCUACCAGGCACAACGAGCAGCGCUCAGUCCACGGUACCCACCACCUCCACCACCAUGCAGGUGAGCACUGGUGCAUCGUUUCCCAUCACCAACUACCUGGCGCCCGUCUCGACCAGCAGCAACAUCAGCGCUAAUGGAACCGUCCUCAAGACAGCUGGCGCCUCAACAGGAGUCAUGCAGCUUCCCAGUGGCUUCACCUUCAUGUCCGGAGCAGGCGUUCCUCAGCAGCUCCAGGCCAUCCAGGUCCAUCCCAACACACAGCCCACCUCCAACAGCGACAGCAGCCCCGAGAUCUCUCACACCUCCACCAACUCCACCGCAACGGUGAGUCUCCCGGCAACCAUCGUCACUUCGUCAGUGCCAACGUCUGUGCCGGGCCACAUGAUGUACCCCAGCCCUCACACGGUGAUGUACGCCUCCACGCCGGCGCUGGCCGACGGGGGGCUGGCCGUGCUCAACGCCUUCUCCCAGGGAACCCAGGCCAUGCAGGUGUCCCACCAGCACAGCCAAGACGGAGGUGCCGUCCCUCAGGUGUUCCUCACAGCACCUCCAGGCACGGUGCAGAUCCCUGUCUCAGCGGUGCAGCUACACCCAAUGGUGAUUGGCCAGCAGUCGAGCGGCAGCAGCAGCAGUAACCUGACGGAACUCCAGGUGGUCAAUCUGGACACGACACAGAGCACAAAGGGCGACUGACGGACGGCUGGAGCUGUUUAACAUGGCAGACACACACACGCACGCACCCAUACACACACACACACACACACACACACACAUAUCUCUAUUUAUUGAUGCCUUCCUUUGAAAUUUACCAUCACUCUUCUGAAUGUGAUUUAUCAGUACAUAUCUAUAAACACAAUGAAGGGCAUAUGUGUGGCAGGCCCUUAAACAAUAUGAAGUAUGUUUUUGGUAUAUAAAUAUAUAUAUAUAUUUGCAAAUACAUAGGAGAUAUAUCACUAUAUUAUAAUUGGAGCCUAUUUUCUAUGCUGUUAGAUGGUGUUAUUUUUAGCGUGAGCUUUGUUUCUUUUGGACAAAAUGUAAUUACACACACGGACUGCAAGGUGCCACCAGCUUCACACCAGCCAAAGAGACAUUUGUUUGUCUGAAUGUUCCUGUGUGAGCCAUUCGUGCACAAGCAUGUGCCUGUGUGUGUGUGUGCGUACACACAUCUGGGGUUUUGUAAAAUGGGGGUGGGAGAGGGAGGAGAGAGACUUGCUUUCUGGCUUAAAACAAAACGUAAAAAAAAAAAAAUAACACAUUUGGAAAUGUAAAUAGUUUUUAAAACAAAUGAUCAGUUGUAUUUUUAGCUCAGUUCAGUUUGUGCAAUGGCAUGUAACAGUUUUUUUUUUUUUUUUUUUACAUAGUGGGUUUUGUAUGUAGAAAUUGAGCUUUUUACAUGGAUGUGUAAAUUAAUGCACCAUUGUUCACUACAAGAUGGAGAAAGAAAGCUGUUAUCUACAACUUUCUGUGCUUUUGUUUUUGUUUAUGCCGUUUGUUUUGUUUUUUUUGUUUUGAAGGAAUUUCCAGAUCAUGUAACUUUGUCAGUGAAAGUAUAAUACUUUUAUAAUUUACUGCUGUUGUAUUCUUUACUUUAGAAAAGAUUUCAGUACUGUACCCUCUGUUAGGCGUUACAAUCGGAUUCAAAUAUGUCCUAUUAAACUUUUAGUUUAAUGUUCAUGAACUGACGUAUAUCCUUGGUAAAAUGAGUAAAAAGCCUUAAAAUUAUUCAAAAAUUACAUGUUGACCUUAAGAUUUAGAUCAUAAUUAUGCAGAAAACCCCCAAAAUCACCCAGUUUGAGUUUUAUAGUAGCACCCACAAGAUUAUUAUUAAAUUGUUGAGUUUUUCAAACAUAUUGCCAGAUAUUAUCUUGGGGAGAAAUCGGCCUUUUGGUUAAAGUAGAUAAAGCCUUGCUUGUAUCAUUUUUAAUUAAAAUUUUUUUUAAUUAUUAUUCCUCUGACUGUAGAGAUCUAUAAAAAACAACUUGUAACUAUUUUUCUUCCCUUAAGUCAUGAGUGUUUUGCCUUUCACAUGCCUCUGUGUCACAACAUAUUGGUUGUGACAUAUAUCCCAAGAAUAUAGCCAACAAAUUAAAAGUAUUUACAUUUCCAAAUUAAGCUAAAAACUAUCCUGUACCAUUUAUUGUUUUGGGAUGCUGGUACUUAAUUUUGUUAAAUAUUUCCCCCCUAACUACUAAUAUGAAUUUGUUUGCAUUUUUCAGUGACACUGCAAUGACAGACGAGUUUCUUUUAAGCCUUUAUACUGAUCUUUACCAGGGAUGCUGUAUAAAUACAACUAAUUCAGACCAAGUAGAUUCAUUUCCAGUUGCUACUCUAGUUGCCUUGAUCCAUCUGUGGGUAAAGUUUAAUGCUGGCAGAAAAGAGAACUGUUUUCUGCAUGAGAACAAGGAUGUGAUUGUUAGGAAUUGUGUCCUGAGGUGCUUUAAAAUGUUAGGAUUACUGACUGAGACUGAGUUGCAAGACUAGACUUGCGUCCUCUUUUUGCGCCACAGUGCCUAUGAUCCAAAGGCAGAUUUUGAAAGCAAAGUAAUGCAAGGCUGUAGGAUAUUUCUCUCACACGGCUUUUGGACCUGCCGCUCUGUUUUCUGCUUCACCCUGCGAGGGGGAUUGCUUAUUGUUGACUCGUUUCUCCAGAACUGGUGGGAUGACAGAACAUGACAAAGAAAACCCCACUGUCGAUCAUGAUGCCAUCCUGCGGUCUGUUAGCGACAAGUUACAGACAUUCAUUCUGGUACUCAUUAGGAAAUGUUUAUUUUAUUUUUUUUUAAAAAAGAUUGAACAGAGUUUGUGUUUUUCACCUCGUCGUUGAAAUAAAUGAUUGUGUAUUUUUGUUGUAUUGUACAGACAUUUUGUAAUAAAAAGAUGAAAUGCAAA